GGCGACAAGCUUGUCGUGACGGCCGAGGUGCCAGGCAUCAAGAAGGAAGAUCUGCACAUCAGCUUGGACGACAAGACGCGUAAGCUCACCAUCUCCGGCGCCUUCAAGUCCUCGUAUGAUUCGUCUUCGAUGGUCGCUGCACAAGAGCAGCAAGUGCAAAGUCAAGGUCAGCAGACCCCCGUCGCUGACUCUGCGUCAUCGCAAAUCAGUGGGGUCGCAAGCGCAACCACGCGGACCAGCGAUCAUCACGUCCAGAUGCAGCAGUCGCAUCAACCAGGGAAGGGCCCCGUGUCCCGCCCACUCGUCAGCGAACGCACGUUCGGCUCCUUCUCGCGCUCCUGGGUGCUUCCGAAGUCGGUUCAGACGGACGAAGACGCGAACGUGAAGGCUAGCUUCGAGAAUGGCUUGCUCAGGCUGGAGCUCCCCAAGAAGGCAGUAUCUGAUAAGAAGGAGCCGCGCAGUAUCCCCAUUCUUUAA